AAAUCUUAAAAAUCAAAAUUCAGACGGAACAAUAACAACAAACGAAUCAUCGAAAUUUCUCAAUGGUCUUUCCUUCGCCUUCAGGUAUUUAACAAGUGUCUCAGUUUGAGAAGAAUUGGGGGCCAGGUGGAUAUUGUGGUUUGGUUUGGUGUGUGUGGUUGAAUUGAGCUUGCUAUAGUUUUAGUUUAGAUUUUGGGUGUGUUAGGAAGAUCGUAAAGGUAUGAGCUUGCAACAUCGGAGAGCGAGAAGGGAUUGGUUAAGGGUUCCAUCACAAGGUGCUACUCGUCAAGAAUGGGUUCCUAGAGGGAGUGCAGCAUCCACUACUGUUUUACAGCCAUCAAAUUUGCAUUUAAAUCACAAUGCUAAUGUUGAUGCAAGUUCUUCCAAUCAUGGGGUGGCCGUUGCUUCGCGGGUGACUCCCCAUAGGAGCAAUCAUGGGAAUCAUAGUAUGGAAAGGGAUAAAGGGAGGAGUGAGAAUCACGAGGGGAAGGGGUUGGAAUUUAGAGACUCUAGUUUGCCUCAAUUGGUGCAAGAGAUUCAGGAGAAGCUUAUGAAAGGUACUGUGGAAUGCAUGAUUUGCUAUGACAUGGUCCGGAGGUCGGCACCAGUUUGGUCUUGCUCCAGCUGCUACUCUAUCUUUCACUUGAACUGCAUCAAAAAAUGGGCUCGGACGCCCACCUCGGUUGAUUUGUCUGCGGAGAAGAAUCAAGGGUUUAAUUGGCGGUGUCCUGGUUGUCAGUCUGUGCAGCUUAUGUCCUCAAAGGAGAUUAGGUAUCUUUGUUUUUGUGGAAAGAGGAUAGACCCUCCAUCUGAUUUAUAUUUGACUCCCCAUUCAUGUGGAGAACCGUGUGGGAAGUCUCUUGAGAGAAAGUUGCUGGUUGCUGAAGGGAAUAAGGAUGAUCUUUGCCCCCAUGUUUGUGUCUUGCAAUGCCAUCCGGGUCCAUGCCCUCAUUGUAAAGCAUUUGCCCCUCCACGUUUGUGCCCUUGUGGGAAGAAAAUGGUUACCACCCGUUGCUCUGAUCUGCAGUCUGUUCUUACUUGUGGUCAAUGUUGUGAUAUGCUUCUUGAAUGUGGGCGUCAUCACUGUGAACACAUUUGUCAUGUGGGUCCUUGUGAUCCUUGUCAGGUUCUAGUCAAUGCCUCUUGCUUUUGCAGUAAAAUGAUGGAGGUUAUUCCUUGUGGUGAUAUGGCUGUAAAGGGUGAAAUUGAAGCGGAAGAUGGUGUAUUUUCUUGUGGUUCCAAUUGUGGAAAGAAACUUAGCUGCGGUAAUCAUAUCUGUAGUGAAAUUUGCCAUCCAGGAAGUUGUGGGGAAUGUGCAUUUUUACCAAGCCAGGUUAAAACAUGUUGUUGUGGGAAAAAAAGGUUGGAGAAUGAACGUUGGAGUUGUUUGGAUUCAGUACCUACAUGCUCUCAAGUCUGUGGCAAGCUCCUUUGUUGUGGGAUGCAUCAUUGUAAAGAGCCCUGUCACGUUGGGGAAUGUCCACCUUGUUUGGUUCUAGUUUCACAGAAGUGUCGAUGUGGGUCUACUUCUCGAAAUGUGGAGUGCUAUAAGACUAUAAUGGAGAGUGGAAAAUUUACAUGUGAAAAGCCUUGUGGAAGAAAAAAGAAUUGUGGAAGGCACCGAUGCAGUGAAAGGUGUUGUCCACUUUCAAAUUCAAAUAAUAGUUUUAAUGGGGAUUGGAAUCCUCAUUUUUGUUCCAUGCCAUGUGGAAAGAAGCUAAGAUGUGGCCAACAUAUGUGUGAAUCUUUGUGUCACACUGGUCAUUGUCCACCUUGUCUUGAAACAAUCUUCACUGAUUUGACUUGUGCUUGUGGAAGGACUUCAAUCCCUCCUCCUCUACCUUGUGGUACACCACUUCCCUCAUGUCAGCUUCCAUGUUCAGUUCCUCAGCCAUGUGGACAUUCAGGCUCACAUAGUUGUCAUUUUGGAGAUUGCCCUCCUUGUUCAGUGCCCGUAGCAAAAGAAUGUAUCGGUGGGCAUGUGGUUCUCAGGAACAUACCUUGUGGUUCUAAGGAUAUUAGAUGUAAUAAUCCUUGUGGGAAGACUAGACAAUGUGGUUUACAUGCAUGUGGCAGAAUAUGUCACCCCCCACCAUGUGAUAAUUUAUCUGGUGUUGUACAAGGUUUCCUUGCACCAUGUGGCCAAACAUGUCGUGCUCCAAGGACAAGCUGUCAGCAUAUGUGUAUGGCUCCAUGUCACCCUUCAUCGCCAUGUCCAAAUACAAGAUGUGAAUUCCCUGUUAUGAUUACUUGUUCUUGUGGCCGGAUUACAACAAAUGUUCCUUGUGAUGCUGGUGGUAGCAAUAACAAUUAUACUGUCGAUGCCAUACAUGAAGUUUCCAUUAUUCAAAAGUUGCCUGUGCCACUUCAUCCAGUUGAUGCAAAUGGCCAAAAAGUUCCCCUUGGACAAAGAAAGUUGAUGUGUGAUGAUGAAUGUGCUAAGUUGGAGCGUAAAAGGGUUAUUGCUGAUGCUUUUGACAUUACUGCUUCAAGUCUGGAUUCCCUCCAUUUUGGUGACAACUCCGCUAAUGAAUUGCUUUUUGAUUUUAUUAGACGUGAUCUAAAAUGGGUUUUAGCUGUUGAGGAGAGAUGCAAGAUUUUAGUGCUUGGCAAGAGCAGAGGAACUACACAUGGUUUAAAAUUCCACGUCUUUUGUCCUAUGCCAAAGGAUAAAAGAGAUGCAGUGAGGUUGAUUGCUGAAAGAUGGAAGCUUGCAGUGAAAUCUGCCGGUUGGGAGCCAAAGCGAUUUAUCGUUAUCUCUGUUACCCCAAAAUCAAAGGCCCCAUCUCAUGUGAUAGGGGUUCAGGGUACCACAACUUUAAAUGCUCCCCUUCCUCCUACAUUUGAUCCUUUGGUAGAUAUGGACCCGCAGCUUGUUGUCUCAUUUCCAGACUUACCAAGUGAUGCUGAUAUUCGAGCCUUGGUGUUGAGGUUUGGUGGUGAGUGUGAGCUUGUUUGGUUGAAUGACAAGAAUGCCUUGGCUGUUUUUCAUGAUCCUGCCCGAGCUGCAACUGCAAUGAGGAGGUUGGAUCAUGGAACAGUUUAUCAGGGAGCUGUUUUGUUUGCCCCAGAUGUUGGGACAUCGGCGACAUCUUCAGUUACCAAUGCCUGGGGAGGAGCACUGCUGGCACUGAAAGUUAACCCGUCAAAAAAGGCUAUGGUUCAAGACUCUAGUUGGAAGGGAGAUUCUCAGGGUGAUGAAGAAUGGUCAAGUGGUUCUGCUAAUCUGCUACCAUCUGUUAGGAAGAAAGAAGCACCUAUAAUUGGUUCUUUAAAUCGUUGGAAUGUCUUAGACCAGGAAUAGAGUUCAAGUUUGUUGUCUACAGCUAUUAAAACUGAAGUUUCUAGGAAGCAAACUGAAGAUAGAUAGUGUUGUCUCAAGGUUUGAGUCUCAUGCAGGUGGCUCAAAUGAAGGGGGAAACUUAGGUGCAAUAGAAUUUUCUGAAGUUGUAGAUAGUUGGGAGAAGGCUUAUGAACGAGGAUAAAAAAAGAAAAAGACAAAGACAACAAGAAAACACUAUUUUCAUUGCUAGAAAUUUUAUUCUGUUGAAAAGAAGAUGUGCAUUAUAAGGCUUCCAUGCCUUGUUUUAUCAAUUUUGGUAAGGAGAGGUCAUUCUUUUCCCUUUUAAGUAAAUAUUUUAGAUUCAAAGUGAUUGGAACAUUUAUACGUGAAUUGAGUAAUAGUUAUCAGGCUACAGAAAAAAUUGUAUUUUCUAAAAGCACUACAUAUUGUCAAGGUGCACUGAUAAUCAGAUUAAAAGCAAAUCAUGUUUUG